CGCGGCACGUAGUUUGGCGCUUAAAAAAAAAAAAAAAAAAAAAAAAAAGCCGAGGAGCGAGCGGAGCCGCGGGAGAAAGGGAAAGAGAAAGAACCGGGGCCGCUCCGCAGCCAUCGCCCCCGCUCCAAUCCGGCCCCAUCUCGCUGCAGCCCCGCCGGGAGGCAGCCGAGCAGCGGCCACCAGCUCUGCAAGGGGGAGCCGCUCCAUGCGAGACGGUGGCGGGGCCUCGGGCGGAUCCAGGGCCCGGGCGGGGGGCGCAGCUCCCCCUGGCUUGAUGCUGCUCAACCCCCCCGCGCUGGGGGCCUCGGGAGGAGGAGCAGCCAAAGCAGAGAUUUAGGGGGGGCGAUUUUAUUAUUCACUUUUUAAAAAUGCAACGCGCUUGGGUGGGAGUCGAUUCCCACUCUGGGAGCUGAAAGUCACCAGCCCCUGCAAUAACCUGCACGUUACCGAGCUGCUGCAGGCUGAGGCUUGGGUCAGUGAACGGGCAUUUGAGCGCCGCAAAGCCCCGGUCCCCUGGAGACAACCAGUAACUUUGAAUUGUGUGUUUGUAUCGAAACAGCCAGCUGCGAAUUCGGGCCGGUCAGCUAAAGGAUCUUCCACGAAGAAAGGAGGGGGCUGGAGCUUUCUUCCUGAGUGAGGAGAGCGAAAGGAAACAGUCAUUUUUUUUAUUCUGGGGCUGCGUUAGUCUUUUCCUCCCCCAAUGCAUUAUAGCAAAAAAUCCGGCUUGAUUUUUUCCCCCAAGACAGCCUCAGGCUGGAAACUGGGGGCCGUUCACUGAUCCUGCAUGCUACGCCCUGCUUUAAAUGGCUGAACAAUGCUGAGAGUCAAGGGAGCGUCUUCAGCCCCGGAAAGGGGGGGCUGCUCCAUUGCCUGCCUCCCCCAGCAGCAGCAGCAAAAGAAAGCCAUGCCCGUGAUGAGCUCUGCAGACUUGCUGACUUCCAGCCUCCGCAGCCCUCAGAUGCGCUCCAUCCCGGCCAGCUAUUUCACGAAGCUGUACCCUCAGAGUGUGGCUACUGCCCCCGCAUCCAGGGGCAGCUGUCUCUACGCUACCCCUCAUGGACCCGAAAUCAAAACCAUCCGAUCUGCCUCUGCAGGAAGGUUGCCGGCCAAAAGGAAGCUGGAUCUGGAAGGGACCGGCCAGCCGGGCAUCGCAGAGUUCCGGACGCCCAAGGGGAAGGGCAGGACAGUCACUCGAAUCCCCAGCCCCAGGACCCCCAAGUCGCCCGGGGAGAAGACGCGGUACGACACCUCCCUGGGGCUGCUGACCAAGAAGUUCAUCCACCUGCUGAGCGAGUCGGAGGACGGGGUGCUGGACCUGAACCGGGCGGCCGAGGUGCUGGAGGUGCAGAAGCGCCGGAUCUACGACAUCACCAACGUGCUGGAGGGAAUUCAGCUCAUCCGGAAGAAAUCCAAGAACAACAUCCAGUGGAUGGGCACAGGAAUUUUCGAGGAUACCUCUGUGACGGUGAAGCAGCAGUCCCUGCGCCAAGAGCUGGUGGAGCUGGCCAAGACCGAGAGAACGUUGGACGAGCGCAUCCAGGACUGCACCCUCCAGCUGAAGCACCUGACAGAGGACGAGACCAACCAGAGGUUAGCAUAUGUCACCUACCAGGACAUCCGCGCCAUCAGCAACUUCCAGGAGCAGACGGUGAUAGCGGUCAAGGCCCCCCCAGAAACCAAGCUGGAGGUGCCGGACCUCAAUGAGGAGAACGUGCAGCUCCACCUGAAGAGCACCAAUGGCCCCAUCGAGGUGUACCUGUGCCCCGAGGAGAUCCUGGAGGACAGCCCUGCCAAGGAGAGCAGCUUCCCCACCCCUUCCCUCCAGGACAGCAGCGAGGGCACCGACCCGUCCCCAGGGAAAGCCGAGCCCCUGCUGGAGGUGGAGGACGGGCUCCUGGACAUCCCCCAUCACCUGCUGCAGCAGACGGAGGACCAGCUGCCCUACGGUGACCCCGCCCCCUUCGUCAGCUUCUCCCCGCCCCUUGAUCAGGACGACUACCUGUGGGGGCUGGAGGGGGGCGAGGGGGUGAGCGACCUCUUCGAGGCCUAUGACCUUGGCGACCUGCUGAAGAACUGAGCCGGCGAGGGGGCCCCUCUCCCUCCCCGCUACGGUGCUAACGGCCUUGCUGGAGUCCGGGGCUUUGACUUGAAGUGUGGACUCCGAGCCCCUGCCCUCCCGGCCACCAGAGCAGGGGCGUGGAGACCUCCUGUGGGGCAGGACUUCCUCCCGCUCCGCCCCACCCGUGCGUGGUCUCCACAGUUCCUCCUCCGCUCUUCGGCGCAGCUGGGGCCAGCGUAGCAGUCAACCCGCUGCAGGAAUGAAGCACCUUCGCCCGUUUAUCUCUUCCCCGCCCCCCACGCAUGCCGGUAACAUGUUCCUGGCCUGUCCAGGGAUGCUGGGGCCGGGCAAGGAGCCCCCGGGAGACUGGGACUCUGUCAUGGAGAGUGAAUCUUCGCAUCCCGCCCCCGAGGUGACCCGUCUGCGGAACACGCAGGGCGGCUGUGUCUGGGGAGCGGAGGGGGAGUGGAACGCUCUGUGCUCCGCCAGGGGAUUUGCGUGGCAGGGCAGGAGAUCCCGUUCCCUGGAGUCUGGGCAGGGGUGGGCACGUGUGCGUGUGUGAAUGAAGAAAUCCUGAAGCUCCCGCAGCUGCUCGGGGGGCCCGUAGGGAUCUGUGACGGCAGCACAGCUGCGAGACACUUGUCUGUUUUGCUCUGCAAGACCCGGGCGCCCUCUUUGGAUCUGACCCAGGUGGGUCUUGCUUCCCCCUCCCUGAAUGUUUUGCUUGGAGCGUACGGGGUCUGAGCCAACCCAGAAACGCCGAGUGAAACCUGGUUUGUCCUUGCAGCCGGCAGGUGGCUUUUGAUGUGACCAGUCAGCUGAGAGUCUCUCCUUAGGGCCAUGGCCUCUAGGGGGAACUUACCAGGGACCUGCUCUGACAUCUUGUAACGAAACUUGAAACAAGGCAAGUCCGGGGUGGAGGGUGUGGUGAGACCCGUCCGCUCCCCUGUGAUGGGAGAGAUUCCAACUGCAUCUCCUCCCUCCCCUUCGACUGACCCUCCCCUCCAUCCCCUCACUGAAAUGACUCGCUGCCUUCGCUGUCAGUGGGUCACUUGGAUCUGCUCCAUCUAGACUGGUGCCAAGUGACCUGCUGUGAGCGUCACCUGUAUCCAGUAAAUGGGCUGUUGUUCCCAUGCGAGCCCCCGAGUCCAGGGUUACCCCAGAUCCUUCCUGACUGGAUCAGCCCUUCUCUAAAUUCAUUGUUAGGUUAGCAUGGGAUCUGUCUCGUCGAGUGGGAGAAGCCCCAAGUGCCACAGGCUGGGCGGGGUCCCCUAGGGAGACUAACUGCCCCCCCUUCUCCUUCCACGGUAGAUUCUGGGAACAGAGCAGAUUAAAUCUGGGAUGGCCAAGGUAGUGUAAGAGAGCUCUGAGUGCACCGUGCCUUGUGAAAACCAAGCCGUUAACUUCCUGUGCUUCCUGUGAGGUGGGAUUAAUACCCACUUCUAUGUCGUGCUUUGGGAUCCUCUGAGGGACAGGGUCUUAGUGGUGAGAUCUGGACCAUUAUCCACAGCCCGCUGCAACGAAAUGGCGCUUGGUUUCCAGGGGGUGCCAAUGGCUUGCAGAUCACUCUGGGUCACCAAUGUCGCGGUGCUGGUUGCUUACUGACUUGCUGCUUUCUGAUGGGCUUGGCGCAUGUCACGCUUCAGCCAAUCAGAGACCAAUUGUCUGCGCACUGUGAAACGUACACAUUUUCGCUGUAAUUUAAACUUAAAUCUGCUAGUCGGGCACGUAGUGUGAAAAUUGUCAAACUUAGGUGCCUAGCGCUGUGCGCCUAAAUGAAUAUUUAUGCAGCUAAUAGUGGCUUGAUUUUGUUUGUUUGUUUGUUUUCAGAUGUUGAGCAUGCACUGCUCCCGCUUUGAAGUGAAAAUCAAGCCACUCGUAGGUGCCUAAAAGUGUGGAUUUGGGUGGCAAACCUGAGCUUCCAGAGUUCAGAAAUGUUGAUCUAAUCUGACUUUAUUUUUACUCAUAGUAAGAUUUUCAAAAUGUGGCAAGGUGCUUCUCUGCAUUUUUAGGGACCUAAAUACCUCUGAAAAUGUGGCUCUGCCAUGUAGCAACCUUGUUAGCCACAGAUUCCAUUGUCAAUAUAUUUUUUUUGUGUGCAAAAUUCCAGAGGGGAGAAGUAGCUUUUUAUUUCACUCUGUCCAAAAUUCACCCCACCCUCCUCCAGAAAGGCUUCUUUGGAUUUCCAGGUUUUCAAUAUUUGCAGAAUAGCUGUUGGUUAACGGGUGGGGAAUUAUGUCAAGUGCCAUCCCAUUAAAUUCUGUCUUAAAAAUGGAAACAAGCACAUUGUCUUAACCUCUCCUUGAAUGCAGCUUAUCCCCGCGCGGGGAGAAUGCCAGACGGAGCCUGCAUUGGAUGCUGGGUAGGUAGAGUCCCGUUCACAUCUACCCAUGUGGCUCUCCUUGCAGGACUGGAGUCUGAGGUAUUGUAGCCAAAAUGUCCCACUAAUGUUAAAAUUAAACACUUUUUUGUUGGCUUUUUAUCUAGCAAAGGGGUUUAAUGCUGCCCAGAUACUACGGCGAUGGGCAGCACCUUCCACGUAAAACCAGUAGCAAUAGCUACGUCCGUAAUGGACCUCGUGGAGUCUCUGCUUCGUCUCCCUUUUUGGGGGGUGAAAACUCUGCUGGGGGAAAGGUUUUGAUUUUGUUAAUUUGCCCCUUUUCGUGUGUGUUUGGGCGUUAGGGGUGGAAGGUAGGUGUCCGCCUACAGUCCUUCUCGUGGUCCGACGCUGGAUUCGGCUGAUCGCCUUUCUUACCAGCUCUGCCUUGGUGCUCCCACAUCUAGUGUCCCCGUCUAGGGGAGUGCGCAAAAGUGGGAAUUCCCCAAAACGAGGUGUGACGAGCCGGGGGUGGCUGUGCUUGAGACGGAGAAAGGGUGGGCUGGCUCAUUCGUUGUGUGCCUAAACGAAAGGCCACUGUCGCUCUGGCAGGGGGUCUGUAGCCCUGGUUAUUCAGGGAGCAUCUGUGAAGAGGAGACUGAGCAGCAUUCGUAUGUUCUCUAGAACUGGAGAUGGGGAAAACAGUCGGUUUUCCUAAUGCAACCACGUGCUGUGGGGAUCUCCCCUGCUGAAUAAUCCAAGUCCAACCCUGCUGUAAAAGUGACAGUCAAACCAGCAUUGGAAGCGGCAUGGCUGCGUCUCGAACGUGCUCCGUGGGCGAGUAAAGAUACGGCUGUUUGAACUGCAAACUCCCCCUGGCUUUGGAGAGUCCACCUGGGUUCUCUCCUUGCACGUCCUCCCCAGCAAGAGAGGUUCUGCUGGCCAGGUGAGGCCCAUGCCACCCCGUUGUCCUGUGGGUUUGUACGGGGGUCACUGAGCUGCCUUGUCUGCAGCGAGGGGGGGGGUAUUGCCCCAAUUCCAGCCGCCUGUGGCUAGCAAUUGGUGUAGCAGCACCAGGCGCUCAUCCUUGCUGGAGGCUGGGGUGGGAUGUGCUAGUAUCAAUGGAAGCUGGUGGCAGUUGGCCUGUUGUCAAGAGGAAUUUGCAGGCAGUGCUGCUGAAUUGGGGGCGUCCGCUCUGAUGCCCAAGGAAAACUAGAAUCCAGCUUCCCCCUCUCACAGCAGCACUGGGAGCAGGGCAAAUAGGAGUGAAGAGUGGUCAGAUCCGACCUGGGUCACAAGGUCUUGCGUGGGUUGAACUGACAGCGGUGAUGUAAAUUGGCUCCAGCCAGCGACCAGCUCCCAAUACUCUAGACAAGGCCAGCUGUAUUUUAGCAUGUGCUAAGUGGGCAGAGUUAAGGGUAGAAUGAGCUAGCUAAAACCCAUUGCUAAAUCCUCUCGACAAAGCCCGAAUGGAAGAGACAAGACUCCGGUCCGGUCUAUGCGAAGUGUUUCUGCUGGCCUGGCUUUGCCACUAGAAGCCUCGAACGUAGAAGCAGGGAGACUAGCGAAGUUUCUCUUUUACAGGUAUAGUUUCACUCAGGGCGGCGUGAUGUCACAAUUCCAGUGCAAAGCACGGCUUUGCCAGUGUAGCUGCGUCCACUUCAGGAACCCUUUGCUCGUAUGGUUAUGCUAGUUUGCCGUGAAGCACUCUUAGCGUAGACAUGUGCCCAAGGAGCAAAUCUGAUGACUAAAAGCCAUCACUGGAAAAUAGUUCACUUUCACGGCAGAGCAGCCUGUUGAAAUCUACCUGAGAGGGGUGUUUCUGUACCAGUUGAGAAUAAGCUCUUUUUGAAAUAGUCAGGGGUAUUUUGUUUCUGUUUUGGUUUUUUAAAGUCUGAUCCUGAACUUGCUUUGUACAUAAACCUGAAGUGUCUCUGGGCUGAGACCGGUGGAUCGCUACCUGCUUUCUAUAGAGUUAAACAUUAAGUUAAUGAUUUGGGUUUGGAAUCCUGUCUGUUGUGGAACAAUUCUCAUGCCGGUUGCUGGCUUGACCUGGCUUUCCAGGUGAGGCUUUUAACUGGAGAUGAGUCUAGGCCAAAAAUCUCAGAUCUGUACUUUGCAGCUCAGUCUUGUUUUGAGUCUUAACAGAGCAUGCUCAGAAAGAGCAUGUCUACAUGGGGAAGCUAUUUUGGAGUAAGCAAGGAUCUGAAUUUAAAGCCCUAGUGCUGUCCUGGGAUAGCUACUCUGGUCCAUUUCCCCACACAGACAAGCCCUAAGCGAAGUACCUGGGAGGCCGUCUUGAAUCUUCAAAUCUCUUUUGUGAAUUGCAUAUGAAAUCCUUCAAAGGAUACUCACUCUGGGUGUGCCGCUGGCUUUCGUCUUAACCUUGUAAAAUUGUACAGAAUUAUUGCACUGUAUUUAUAACGGGGAGCCACCUUUUUACACUUCUAUAUGUAUUUUAAGUGAGUGUAUUUAAAUCAUUCCUGGGGUGGUUCUCCUGAAGUCCAGCGUGGCGGUGUUGUGGGCGUGAAUGUGUUUUCUUUUGUAAACUUACGGCACUUGAAGGUUUGUGAGCAAAAAGAAAUGA